AUGUCCAAGGCGUGCGACACGUUGACAACGUUGUUGAAGCUUCGUGAUGACUUCGGCCUGAACCCAAAGUUUGUGCACAUGGACAAGGACAGCGCUCAGAUGUCGGCUGCGACGUUGGUGUGGGCUGAUGCCUUUCCUGUUGUGUGGGCUCAUGGAGGGAUUCCGACAGACGAGUUGUUUUGCAACACGGACGUCCUUGAAUCUUUGCGGCAACUGAUGAAGUCGCAUUACAAGUCACAUCCGUUUAUAGCCAUGAACGAGGAUGCAAUUUCACCGGACGACAAAGCGCGGAUUCUGUACAUUAAAGCUGUGGAAGAGAUGUACACUUUUUGCCACGCGAGCGGCGAGUCGUACUUGUUUGUGUGUAUCGCAGUGUCCGACCGCUUUGGCAAUGCUACGAACGAGUAUGAUGGCUGA